CUAAUACUUAUUUGGAGAAACUGUAUAUAUAUAAAAGCUGGUACUAAAUGAAAAAUUCAACUGAUACAGCGGUCUGUUAUGUCUCAGUGAAAUUGGUUAAAGUAUUACAAUGGCUGGAGGUGAUCUUAACGCCGUAUGCUGUCCAAUUUAUCGCGAAACAAACGACCCGAUCAAAAGACGAACCGGGGGCGAAAAAUAUCUCGGAUCCAAGGCUCAGUUUUGCGCCGCAUUCUACCAUGUCCAUGAAUGGGGAGAGCGAAAGCACUCUUGUCUUCACAAAAGAAAGUGCAUUAUCGCAAAGAGAGCAAGAAAGGGCAGAAAUUACGAUUGGAGUUUUCAACCCAAACACGUUGUUGCCGUUGUUAAAUUUGAAGACAGCAAAGAGAGUACUCUCUAUGAAGCAAGGUAUACCAAUUGUGAUCCGAAAAAAAUGCACGCUGAGGAUUUCUUUAAAAAGGAUGUAACAGAAGGAGAUUUAAAGAAAGUAAUAACAGAUAACGAAGGUGGGAAAAUCACCAUGUACCUGACGCUUCAGCCUUGUAACAGGUCCGUUAGUCUCGCGGGAACCGACAAUACUCGCGCGGAUAAAACCUGUUGUGAUACACUUCUGAAGAUCUACAUCGAAAAUCUGCUCGGCAGGAAUAUUUGCUUAUGUAUUAAGGUUACUCACUUGUAUCGAUUAGGUCUUGAACAUGGAACGGCAAGGAAUGAAAUUGAAAAAAGCAGAGACGAACAAUUGAGACAGCGGGCUGCAGCAGGGAUCACAGCGUUGAUGCUGACUGGGGUGGAAGUCGAGAGUAUGACAGAGAAGGACUGGGAAUAUCUUUCUGGUAUGGUGAUGUUCCAUGGUGAUGUUCUCACAAACAAUAAUGUCCCAGAAUAUGCUCUCAGCCCACGAAGAGAAUUAGAUGGUGACAUUGAGAAUACUCUUACGCAAAUACGUGAAGGUACAAGCUGGCUGAAGCCUUCUUUAACAUCAUUGUCCUCAUGGACACUCGCAAUCCAUUCGAGAAUGAAAUCUUCAGAAUAAAAAGAGGAGAUUAUGUUUUAAACUAUAAUCGGCAUAUUUGUUUACAUUCUUUAUGC